GUCUUUUGACGCCACUGGUGGUCGCUGAGAGGAGGAGCGUACAGGCAGACGUACCUUUACCACAACCCGCGUUGCCUGCUUGUCCAUCUCUCCAUGGACAAACUGGGGCGUUUUGUUGACGGGAGCUGGUGAGCCUUCUCCGGGCGGCCUGCUGGUGUUCUAAUCCUGGGAUAGUGGACGAAAGGCAGCAAAGGGGGGUGCCACCGGAGAGAGUUGUGCGGCGGUUAGAGAUGUGUGGCCAGGCCGAGAUUGCGGCGGUAUCCCUGUCUAGGCCUGGACUGAGCAUAUUGUUCUGAGAGGAAACGGAUAACAAACAGGGGAAGUGAACAUGGCCGGGGCCUCAGCCUUCUUUUCCAACGGUCCCGUCCCAUGGAUGGACAACGAUGCAGAGAUGAACAACUUAUACAGGGACCUGGAGCUGGGGACGGUGCUUACGCUGUUUUAUUCGAAAAAAUCCCAGCGGCCAGAGAGGAGGACUUUCCAAGUCAAACUGGAGACGAGGACCAUUAUCUGGACUCGGGGCACGGACAAAAUAGAGGGCGAGAUUGACAUCCGAGAAAUCAAGGAGAUCCGACCUGGACAGAAGUCUCGUGACUUUGAGCGCUAUAUGGAGGACUCUGCAGCACGACUUGAUCAAGCUCACUGCUUUGUCAUUCUGUACGGGACGGAGUUUCGCCUGAAGUCGCUCAGCCUUGCUGCAACAUCGGAUGAAGAGAUGACAAUGUGGGUGAAGGGGUUAAACUGGCUUGUGGCUGACACGCUGAAGUCCCCGACACCACUUCAAAUAGAGAGGUGGUUACGAAAGCAGUUCUACGCCAUUGAUCGCAACAGAGAAGAUAGGAUAUCCUGCAAGGAUCUGAAGAACAUGCUGAGCCAGGUCAACUACAGGGUACCCAACAUGAGGUUCCUCCGAGAGAAACUGCCAGACUCUGAGCUGAGGAAUGGAGAAGUGUCCUUUAGCCAGUUUGCUCAACUUUAUCGCAAUCUUAUGUUUGAUGCUCAGAAGAAUCUGGAGAUCCCAUUUUUGCAAAGGUUCAUUGACAGACCAGAACAGAGGAUCUCCCUUGAGGACUUUAAGAGCUUCCUUCUAGAUUCUCAAAUGGAAAUGUGGGCAGCAGACAGCAGCAAGGUUCAGGAGUUUAUGUUCGCCUACCUAAAAGACCCUCUCAGAGAAGUGGAACAGCCCUAUUUCCUCCAAGACGAGUUCCUGACUUACUUAUUCUCAAAAGAGAACACCGUCUGGGAGUCCUCCCUGGACCAAGUGUGUCCGGAGAAUAUGAACAACCCCUUGUCCCAUUACUGGAUAUCCUCUUCCCACAACACCUACCUGACAGGAGACCAGUUUUCCAGCGAGUCGUCUCUGGAGGCGUAUGCUCGCUGUCUAAGGAUGGGCUGCCGCUGUAUUGAAUUGGACUGCUGGGAUGGUCCCGAUGGAAUGCCAGUCAUCUACCAUGGGCACACACUCACAACAAAGAUCAAGUUCUGUGAUGUCUUGACCACUAUCAAGGAGCAUGCCUUUGUCACGUCAGACUUCCCCAUCAUCCUGUCCAUUGAGGACCACUGCAGUAUUGUCCAGCAGAGGAACAUGGCCACUUACUUUAAGAAACUGUUUGGAGACAUGUUGCUGACCAAGGCGGUGGACAUGGCAGCAGAUGGCCUGCCUUCCCCCAACCAGCUCAAGAAGAAGAUCCUCAUCAAGCAUAAAAAGCUUGCUGAGGGCAGCGCCUACGAGGAGGUGUCCACCACUACACCCUACUCAGAGAAUGACAUCAGCAACUCCAUCAAAAACGGCAUCCUAUAUUUGGAGGACCCCAUUAACCAUGAGUGGUACCCUCACUUUUUUGUCCUGACCAGCAGUAAGAUCUACUACUCGGAAGAGACCUCAAGUAACCAGGGUAACGAGGAGGAGGAGGAGCACAGAGAGGUUGCCAAUGGAAUGGACCAGCACGUUACAGAAAAGUGGUUUCAUGGGAAGUUGGGUGCAGGCCGGGAUGGCAGACAGAUAGCUGAGCGACUGCUGUCGGAAUACUGCCUGGAGACCGGAGCACUGGAUGGCUCCUUCCUGGUCCGGGAGAGUGAGACCUUUGUGGGAGACUACACGCUGUCUUUCUGGCGCUCGGGGCGGGUCCAGCAUUGUCGCAUACACUCCCGCCAAGAAGCCGGAAGCCCCAAAUUUUACCUGACGGACAACCUCGUCUUCGACACUCUCUUUGCCCUCAUCAACCACUACCAGCAGGUGGCGCUGCGCUGCAACGAAUUUGAGAUGAAAUUGACUGAGCCUGUGCCACAAACCAAUGCCCACGAGAGCAAAGAAUGGUACCACGCCAACCUCUCCAGGAGCCAUGCUGAGAACAUGCUGAUGAGGGUUCCUCGAGAUGGGGCUUUUCUUGUCAGGAAGAGGGCGGAAUCCAACUCAUUUGCCAUUUCCUUUCGGGCCGAGGGGAAGAUUAAGCACUGCCGUGUGCAGCAGGAGGGUCAGACCGUGGUGCUCGGCACUUCCGAGUUUGACAGUCUUGUAGAUCUUAUCAGCUACUAUGAGAAGCACCCUCUGUAUCGCAAAAUGAAGCUGCGGUAUCCGAUCAAUGAGGACACACUGGAAAAGAUUGGCACUGCUGAGCCAGACUACGGGUCCCUAUAUGAGGGCAGGAAUCCAGGUUUUUACGUGGAAGCCAAUCAGAUGCCUACUUUUAAGUGCACCGUGAGAGCCAUGUAUGAGUAUAAAGCCCAAAGAGAUGAUGAACUCUCCUUCACCAAGAAUGCCAUCAUUUCCAAUGUGGAUAAACAGGAAGGAGGAUGGUGGAAGGGGGACUGUGGAGGGAAGAAGCAGCUAUGGUUUCCUGCAAACUAUGUGGAGGAGAUCAGUCCGUCAACAGCAGAGCCGGACAGAACUCAGGAGAUGACGGAAAACAGCCCUCUGGGAGAUCUCCUACGGGGAAGUGUGGACGUCUCCUCCUGUCAGAUUGUUGUGCGGCCUGAAGGAAAAGGAAGCAGAGCACAUGUCUUCUCCAUGGUGCCGACCAGCGCCAUGCGAACAGGCCCGGUGUUGGAAGUUGCUGCUAGCAGUCAUGAGGAACUCAAGGAAUGGGUGUUGAAGAUCCGUGAGGUGGCCAUGACCUCCGAGGCCAAGCUAGAAGAGGGGAAGAUGAUGGAGAGGAGGAAGAAGAUUGCACUGGAGUUAUCUGACCUGGUGGUUUAUUGUAGGCCUGUGCCAUUUGAUGAAGACAAGAUCGGCACAGAGCGCGCCUGUUUCCGGGACAUGUCAUCUUUUCCUGAGACCAAGGCUGAGAAGUACGUCAAUAAGAUGAAAGGGAAGAAGUUCCUGCAGUACAAUCGACUGCAGCUGUCCAGGAUCUACCCCCGAGGCCAGCGGCUGGACUCCUCCAACUACGACCCUUUGCCCAUGUGGCUGUGUGGCUCGCAGCUGGUAGCUCUCAACUUCCAGACAGCAGACAAGCCCAUGCAGAUGAACCAGGCGUUGUUCAUGCUGAAUGGGAGGAGCGGUUAUGUCCUCCAGCCUCCCAUCAUGAGGGACGACACCUUUGAUCCCUUUGACAGACACACAGUGCGGGGCCUAGACCAAGUCACGCUCCACAUCGAGGUCUUGGGUGCACGCCACCUCCCCAAGCACGGGCGUGGCAUUGUUUGUCCCCUGAUUGAGAUUGAGGUGUGUGGGGCGGAGUACGACAGCACUAAGCAAAAGACAGAUUCCGAAGCUGAUAACGGUCUGAACCCCACGUGGCCCAGAAAGCCCUUCCAUUUUUCAGUCUGCAACUCGGCCUUCGCCUUCCUGCGCUUUGUGGUCUAUGAGAUCGACAUGUUCAGCGACCAGAACUUUCUGGCCCAGGCCACCUUCCCCAUUCACAGCCUGAAGACAGGUUAUCGGUCCAUCCCCCUGAAGAACAGCUUCAACGAGGAUCUGGAGUUGGCCUCCUUGUUGGUCCACGUGGAUCUCAUCAGUGGAAGGGAUGAAAACGGAGAGAUGGUGUGCCCCUUCUCUGUGACCUCUUCAAGCUCCAUGUCGGUCCAGGCCAGUCGAGAACGCUUUGGGGAUCACAGCUCGGUGUCAUCCGCCUCCUCCAACAUGUCCCCGGUGCCCCAGUCCCCGGCCCAGGCUGCGGCGGCUUACAGGGGCCGAGAGGGCUCCUUGGACUCUCGCUACCAGUCUCCUCUUGAUGACUUCAGGGUGUCGCAAGAGCCUCUGCUAGACCACAUGGACCCACAGAACAGAAGGAUGCUGCGGCGGACCAGAGUGGGUGGGGAAAACCGUGUGUGAAAUCCCACGGAGACACGCCCUCUUGGCCGCCCUCCUCUGCCUCCGCCCGUACUGAUGAUGUCACUGACUGCUGUGAAGUUUCCAUGGAAACGGCCUCCAUUUAAAGCAUACCCUCAUGCGCGCCGCUCAGAGGAGGGGGCUGUGGCGUCAAGCUGGCCGCUACAUCCGGAAGAAGAACGUCCUCUCGCAUCCCGAGUGUGCAUGGCAGCAGCUAAACGGAGCCAAGUUCAGAGCGCUGAAGUUGUUAGCGCUCGACUUUGUUUGCUGGUCUCCGUGGGCCGUAUGUCAACAUCAUCUAUUUAUUCCUGCUGUGCUGUCGGCUGGAGGACAGCAGCUUCUCACCUGCUCUCAACGAGCUCCCGUCUCCACGUUUGGAAUCAUUUGACAUUCAUGCGACCUUCCCAGGUCUUAAUGUAUAUACGUGUCAAACAUGAGGGCUCUCUGCGACUGUUCAUGUCUUCACGCCUCCUCUUGCCUAUUUAAGUUGAUGCUUUAUUGUGAAAGGCAUCAGGAGGAAGUCCUAGCAGUCAUUGUUCUUCUUGCAUUCCAAAAAACAUCCUUCCAUCUUCCUGCAUUAUAAGCCAGUCUCACGUUGACACGUCAGCACGACGCCACAUUCGUCCUUUUCAUCUCAUCUCAUCCGCUAGCUAAUGAGCCGUCGUGUCUGAAAGCCAUACUACUGCUCAUCCUCUACAGCCGCUUUCUUAAGGGCCGUCACUUUAGUCCAAAUUCAACGGCACCGUGGUCAGAAAACCCUCCACCAUCUGAACUGUGUUGUCGCCGCUGACCUAUGACCCCCAACCCAUUUGUUGUUAAUGACCAAGUGAUGAAAAGGUGCCAUUUUAACUCCGCGCCUUCAACAUCAAAUGUUGGAGAUUUUCAUUCAAUCUGCUGCUGUCUUCGUUCACGUACACGUUUAUGGACCAAGAUGGAGUUUGUAGAUAUUACUUUGUUUGCCAAAGUUUUCUCCAUUUCUUUGCUGUAAAUCCAGUAUUGUUGCUCAGCGUUGGGCCGCGGAGACGCACCUAAGCCAUAGACGUGGGAACGUGAGCAGGGAUUGGUGUCCAAGCUUUUCCAACUGCCAGCCGUCGCAUUGAUGCCGAGUCGCUACAAGUGUAGUAAGGAACGCGCAUCGGUCUGCACAGCAUGCAUCUACGUAGACGUGGUACCGUCGCACCCAUUUGACUGACUAAUGUCCUUUCUUUGGUGGGAUGAAUGCCGUCACCAUUGCUGACUGCAGGAGCCGCUUGGUUGGCUGUAUCGUCCGCAAGUGUCCUGUUUUCGCCCGUAUUGUCUCAUCGCUGACGCUCGUCACCUUUUCUGUAAUGUGCCUAAACUAUGGAGAAGAAGAAAAGUCAUUCAUUUUAAUUUUGUCUUCCAUAAGUAACAUAUUCACGCCUGAGAAGUCAAUAAAAUACUUUAUAUGG